AUGGACUUUGAGGACAUGGCCAUUGCCUUCUCCCAGGAGGAGUGGGGGCUCCUUGAUGAGGCUCAGAGACUUCUGUACUGCGAGGUGAUGCUGGAAGUGUUUGCACUUGUCUCAUCUGCAGGUGUGGCCACCUGGAUUUCUAAUUUGGAGGUUGAGAGACAGGAGAUGAACUUUGAGGACGUGGCCAUCACCUUCUCUGAGGAGGAGUGGGGGAUCCUUGAUGAGGCACAGAGAGUUCUGUACUGCAAGAUGAUGGUAGAAGCUUUUGCACUGGUCUCAUCUGUAGGUUGUGGGCAUAAAAUGGAUGAUGCAGAGGUGUGUUCUGAGCAACAUGUAUCUGUAAAAGGGGAGUUGCAGGUUAGUGCUCCUAAUUCAUCUCUAGCAACAAAGAGGAUGCGUCUCUGUGGGAGGUGUUUCUCUGUUUUUAAAGACAUUCUGCACCUGACUGAGUCACAAGCAGCAGACUUUGAGCAGAAAGCCUUCUUCAGUGAUGCAUGUGUGAGAGACUUCUGUUUCAGUGCAAACCCUCCCCAUCAACUGACGGAAUGCAGUGGAGAGAAGCCCUGGAAAACAGCUGUGGACGGGACCUCAUUUGUGACCAAGUGCAGCUUUUAUUUACCAGCGCUGUCUUUAAACAAUAAGGAAGUUGGGGAUAACUUCCCAGCCAUCUCAGAGCUUGUCCAGAACCAGGCAUUUCUCAACACUGAGGAGCCACAGAGUCGUAGUGAGAUUUCACAGGAAUUUCUCAAUAGAAAAAGGCAGUACCAAUGGGAUGAAUGUGAAAAAGCUGCCAGCCAAAACCAGAACCAGGGCAUCAGCACCAGAGAAGUGAAAUAUGAGUUUAAUACAUGUGAGAAAGUUUUCAGCUGUACAUUUAACCACAAUAAACCUAGGAGAGAUCACACUGGAGAAAAGUCCUAUGGGUGUACUGACUGUGGGAAGCUGUUCAAUCUAAAGUCUUCCCUCACUAAACACUGCAGAAUUCAUACUGGAGAAAAACCGUACGAGUGUAGUGAUUGUGGAAUGUCCUUCAGCAGUACCUCUAAUCUCAUUAGGCACCACAGAGUUCACACUGGAGAAAAACCUUACAAAUGUAGUGAAUGUGGGAAAUCGUUUAGGAGCAAUUAUGAUGUCUUGACACAUAAGAGAGUUCACACUGGAGAAAAACCAUAUGAUUGUAGUGAUUGCGGGAAGUCCUUCAGUAGGAGUUGUGCCCUCACUCUACACCAGAGAGUUCACACUGGAGAAAAACCUUAUAAAUGUAAUGAUUGUGAGAAGUCCUUUAGUAAUAGUCAUGCCUUAAAUGUACACCAGAGAGUUCACACUGGAGAAAAACCUUAUAAGUGUAGUGAUUGUGACAAGUUCUUCAGUAAUAGUUAUGCCCUCAAUGUACACCAGAGAGUUCACACUGGAGAAAAACCUUACAAGUGUAGUGAUUGUGAGAAGUCCUUCAGUAAUCGUUCUGCCCUCAUUGUACACCAGAGAGGUCACACUGGAGAAAAACCUUAUAAGUGUACUGAUUGUGAGAAAUCAUUUAGUAAUAGUCAUUCCUUCAUUGUACACAAGAGAGUUCACACUGGAGAAAAACCUUAUAAGUGUAGUGAUUGUGAGAAGACCUUCAGUAGGAGUUCUGUCCUCAUUCUACACCAGAGAGUUCACACUGGAGAAAAACCUUAUCGGUGUUAUGAUUGUGAGAAGUCCUUCAGUAGCAGGUCUACCCUCACUCUACACCAGAGAGUUCACACUGGAGAAAAACCUUAUAAGUGUAGUUAUUGUGAGAAAUUUUUCAGUUACAGGUCUUCCCUCAGUGUACACAAGAGAGUUCACACUGGAGAAAAACCUUAUAAAUGUAGUGAAUGUGGGAAAUCAUUCAGUCAAAGUUCCAAUCUCAUGGAACACCAGAAAAUGCACACUGGAGAAAAGCUGUAUGAGUGUAGUGACUGUGGUAUGUCUUUCAGGAAAAAAUGUACUCUCAUUCAACACCACAGAGUUCACACUGGAAAAGGGCCUUCAUGA